AAAUGAGCAGGAGGACGAAGCCGGGGUUGGGCGAGGUUCCGGACGCGUUGUUGACUUGUUCUGGGCGGCGGGCAGUGGCGUGUAGCGUGCUGUCUGCUGUCUGCUGUCUGCUUAUCCCAGCCACAACGAGCACCCUGUUGCAUGCCGUCCAGCAGUGAUACGGAGAAGAUGGAGGAAGUGGACACAACAGAGGCCAUGCCGCAGGAUGAACCGAUGAAGGGCGUUGAGUCCACCCCAGCAACGACUGAGGAGGGGGCAACAACUGAGGAGGGAGCAACAACUGAGGAGGGAGCAACGACUGAGGAGGGGGCAACAACUGAGCAGGGGGUCGAGAGCAAGGAGGAGAAGCCGGCCGAGGACCCAACACCCUCAACGCAGACCCCUGAGGAGGAGCAAGCAGAGGAGGUGGCGGGCAAUGGUGCUGAGGGUGAAGCAGAAGAGAAGGCGGAGGAGCAAGGAAAGGAUAAGUCAGAAGAGCAAGCAAAGGAGGAGCAAGUAAAAGACAAGGCGGAGAAAGGGAAGGAAAGUAAGGAGCCAAAGAGGUCUGUGGAGAAGGAGGUUGGCAUCACAGAGUAUGCUGGGAACCAUGAGGGCUUCUUUGGCAUCCUGAAGCAGAGGUACUCGGACUUUGUGGUUAACGAGGUGAGCAGCGCAGGUGAGAUCGUCUGCAUCACCGAGCAGAUGGUUCCCCACGAGCCCGAGGAACUGCCGACCGAACCCGCUGUGCUUCCCCCCGAGCUCACCCCGGAAAAGAUCAAGGAGCUGAACAAACUGGCAGGCGUGAAGGAGCCUCUCAGACUGUCCAAGGUCCCGCCUCCCUCUCUCGGUGCUCAGGGCGGAGACGAGGAAAAGAACGAAGGUAAAACUACAGAAUCCUCCGACAAAGGAGAGGAAGGCAAAGAAGACCAAGAAGCACCCAUAAAAGAGGAGAAGGAGGCAGAGGGCGAGGAUGUGGCAAUGGAGGAGGAGAAAGAAAAGGUGAAGGAGGAGAAGGAGGAGGAGGAGGAAGACGCACCUAUGGCAGAGGAGGGAGAGAAAGACACUGAAGAAAAAGAUAUGAAGCAAGAGGCUGAGGAAGAAGACAAAGAGGAGGGGGAAUAUGAAGACGAAGACGAGGAGGAAGAGGAAGAGGAAGAGGAGGAGCCCAUGCAGCAGGGAGAAGAGGAGGAAGAAAAAGCAAAGAAGGGGGAUGGAAGUAAGGAGAGUGAGCCACAGGGGGAAGCCAAGGAGAGAAAUGAGAAAGGGCAGAAGAAGGAAAAUGGAGAGCGUUCGACCCCCAAGGUUCCAGUCACCCAGCGUCCCAAUGAGGUGCUGAUCAACGUGGACAACACAGACAAGGAGGGACGCACGGCCAUCCACCGGGCGGUCAAGGCCAGGUACCGCAACAUGGACAGUGUGUUCAGGGAGUUCAACGGCAGCAGGUUCAUCGUUGUCCGCAAGAAGAAAGCAGCCAAUGCCAUGCGUCGGGACACAACCACGUGGCCCAAGGCGCAGAUGUACACCACCUUUGUGCUCUACAAGGAGAACAUUGACACCAUGGAGGCCAUCAACCACCUGGCAUGGAAGAUCAGAGUGAAGCCCAACAACUUUGGCUAUGCAGGCACCAAGGACAAGCGAGCCAAGACGAGCCAGCUGGUGUCUGUGAGCCAGGUUCCUCCCAACAGGCUCUGGAACGCCACCAAGUACAACAAACUCAUCCAGCUGGGCAACUUCCGCUUCCGCCCGACGCCGCAAAAGUUGGGGCAGCUGCGGGGCAACCACUUCAGGAUUGUGCUGAGGGAGGUGAAGGGGACAGAUGAAGUGAUCAACUCUGCCAUCGAAUCCCUCAAGACCCACGGCUUUAUCAACUACUACGGCACUCAGAGGUUUGGCAGCACCAGCAUCCCCACGCACAACAUUGGCAAGGAGCUGCUCAAGAGUAAUUGGCAGCAGGCCAUCAACCUCAUCCUAACACCUCGGGCAAACGACAUACGUGAGCUGAACCGCUGCCGCACAACCUGGAAGAAGACUGGAGAUGCCGAGAUGGCCCUGCGAGCACUGCCGAAGGGUUGGGAGUCAUCGGUGGAGGCCCAGCUUCUUACGGGUCUUGUGCAACUCAACCAGAACGAUCUCGUGGGGGCUCUGGCCAGGAUCCCUCGCAACACCCGCCUCCUGUACCUGCAUGCCUACCAGAGCUACCUGUGGAACAUCGUAGCCUCGCGCCGCCUCCAGAAGUAUGGACUCAAGGUGCUGCCGGGGGACAUUGUGCGCCUCAAGGACCAGGCCAAGGUGGAGGAAGAACUACCUGUAACGACGCCAUUUGACUCCAAAGGCGCCAACAGUGGGGAAGGGGAGAAGGUUGGCACUCACUGGUGGAACGAGGAGGUGACCAAAGCUGUAAAGGAGAAGAAGGAAGCCUAUGCCCUCAAGAUGCAGACGGAGGGCCUGACUGAGGAGGAGAAGGAGGAGCGGCAGAAGAGAUACCAGGAGGCCAAGCAGAAAGCCAAGAAGGUAGUACGGGAGAGCAAGCGCCGGUCCGAGGAGGAGCUCAAGAAAUACUGGGCUAAACUCGAGACACUCCCUCCGCAGGCACUAGAAGACGAGAGCAACGAUGGAGUCGGCUCGGACACAGAAAACGUCGAAGGGGAAGGGAAGCCAGAGAUAGAAGGAGAGGAGACACCCAAGAAGGCCUCCAACCUCCAUUUCUUGACGGAGGAGGAGGCCGAGGAGACAGACAUUUGUGAGGUGCUGCUGCCUCUGCCGGGGUACAAUGUCGAGUACCCCAAGAACGAGAUGAGGGAUUGGUACGAGGAGCUGCUUCAAGCCGACGGACUCUCCUUCGACUCCCUCAAGCACCGCGUCAAGUCGUAUGCCGUGGGUGGGGUGUACAGGCGGCUCCUGGUGCGGCCCAACAACUUUUCCGGUACCGUCUGUUACUACGAUGACCCACACAAACCACUCAUCCAGUCAGAUUUGGACAAGCUGAGAAAUAUUGACAUCAGCAGCAACAUACUCAAAGAUGGCCCGCACAAGGCAGUGAUCCUGGAGAUGACUCUGCCGGCGUCUUCCUAUGCUACCGUGGCCCUCCGGGAGCUGCUCAAGAUGGAGACGUCCUCACAGUUCCAGGCAACCCUCAACUCCGAAGAACACCUGACCAACCGGAUGAAGGACUUGAACGCCUGGCGAGGGGGAGGAGGAGGAGGAGGAGGAGGAGGGGGGCGACGGGGUGGCAAGAAGGAGGUUGGCACGUGGAGGGUCCAGAGCCACCCGAACCAAGGCCAGGGGUACCGCGGGGGCUGGCGGGGGCAUGGUGAUGGGGGAUUCUGGCAUGGGCAGGGCAGGGGUGGGAGGGGCGGCUACCAAGGCCAGGGGAGGGGUGGCGGAGGUGGGGGGUAUCAAGGACAAGGGAGGGGUGGGGGAGGUGGGUAUCAGGGGCAGGGGAGGAGUGGGGGUGGAGGAUACCAUGGCCAGGGAAGGGGUGGUGGAGGAGGGUACCAGGGCCAGGGGAGGGGUGGUGGUGGUGGUGGUGGGUAUGGAGGGGGGUACAGGGGGGAGCGUGACUAUGGGUGGGGUGGCGGCAGCGGAGGUGGUGGUGGAGGUGGAGGCGGAGGUGGAGGCGGAGGCGGAGGUGGAGGUGGAGGUGGAGGAGGAGGAGGAGGAGGAGGAGGCUGGAGGGGGCGAGGGAACAAGAGGCCGAGGAGGGGAGGGGAGAAGUGGAACGUGAAGAGGGGAAGGUUCUGAUUGGCUGCUUUUGUGUGGCCGUAGCGCUGCCGUCGGCCGUCUCGCUGCAGGGGACGGGGUCAUUGGAUCACUGGUUGGGGAGGCAAACCAGUCGUCUUAUUCCACAUUUUAUUCUGAAUACAGUUAUGUUUAUAGAGUGGAAAUAUUCUCCUCUUACAGUAGUGCUGAGUUUCUGGACAGGGAGUGCGGGCAGGCGUAAAAUACAUGCACACACACACACACACACACACACACAUGCGUCACACACACACACACAUCAUUUUAUUAAUUAUGUGUAAGAUAAAGUAAAGUGGGGAGCAUAUACUAAGUUGCGUGUAGUCAGCACUCAUCUCCGUAUCUUUGUCCUUUGAGCCUGUGGUGAGUAAGAACUUAUUACUCAGGAACAAAGAGCAGUUGUGACAACUGGGUUACCUUAGUUUACCUUCUCCAGGUUUCCCAAGGCUCCCAUUUAUUGACCAACCCCCUAGGGAGGAUUAAGAGCUGAGGGCUGUGUUGACUGCCCUGGCCAGGAUCGAUCCCAGGCCCACAGAUUUGUAAGUAGGUGUGCUAACCACUACACCACGAGACACCUGUGAAUUAUUGUGGCAUUAGUAAAUACACACACAAAAAAAUAGCCUUUUUCAAAUUCAAUCAUGUUAGCACUUCGUAUAAUGUGUAUACUAUUUCAAAGCAUUGCUAUGUAUAACUGUACAAUUGCACAUUACCCUGUCUGGUUUUGAGGAAUGUCUGACCAAGCAGGUUACUGAGACAUGUAAAGUAUGGAUGAACUAAUGAUGAAAUGUUUCAUCUGAAUAAGUUUUUUGUGAAACAGUGUUGGCAACCAAGAAUGAACACAAGGUUCUGUUGAGUAGGCAACAUGAGGUUGGUCUGGUUUUCCUGCACCAAGAAGUGAAGGAUCAAGAUGGUCAUUUGGUGUCUUUUUUUUACUUAAUUUUUUACUAUAAUCCAAGUAGAACAUAUUCUGAGUUUAUGGUGUUAUUCACACAUCAGUGUCUUUUGUGUUUUUGUCACUGAUUAUAUCCAUGAAGCAUUUGUUGUUUAUGGAUACAAGUAGGAUCUAAUAUAAAAAAAAUAAUACUUUGUCAAUUAAAGAUAGUGUAUAUA